GAAGACUGAUGUAGCUGAAAUUACACAAGUGAUGGCAACAAAAGCUGAUGUUGUUGGAGUAAGAGAAAUGAUACAGGACAAAAUAUGCUCAGAUCUUCAGAAGCUUGGAAAGUGUAAUUUCAACGGUGUUGUAAAAAAUCUUAACAAAAAAUACCUUGAAGGGACUAGACAAUGGUUAUUCGAAAAACUCGACACGUGGUUUAACGAUAGAAGUGAAGAUGCUUCUAAUGUCAUGAUUUUGAUUGCCGGUCCUGGCGUUGGUAAAAGUGUGUUUGCUGCUGAGUUGUGUCGACGAUAUUCUGAAAAGAAGAAACUUGCUGCUUGUCAUUUCUGCAGAUAUAAUAUAUCAGAUUACAGAAAUCCUCGAAUAUUGAUAGAAUCAUUGGCUAGUACCAUGUGUGAUACAAUACCAAAUUUUAAAAGUAAACUGAAUGAGGAAUUACAGAGAAAUCAUUCCAAAGAAUCGAUCACCGAUAAAUUCUUUGUUUUAUUAAAUAAUCCAUUGCAUUCAUUGGAAGAUCAUGAACCAAUGCUUUUGGUUAUUGAUGCCUUAGAUGAAAGCCAAAUUGAUGGCAAAAGUGAAUUGUUGGAAUUGAUUUCAGAAGAGUUUGACCGACUGCCUAAAUGGAUUAAAAUCUUCAUAACCAGUCGUCCAGAGCUUCCUGUUCAAAAGGAGUUGAAAGAUAUGAAUCCUGUGGAAAUUACAACAAAACCUCGUGAUAAAAACAACGAAAAAGACCUGCACAAGUAUUUGAGACAUCAGUUGAAUAAUCGUGUGCAGAGAAAUCGCUACGUUCUUCAGUCAUUAGUUAAAAAUGUGAGGGAUCAUUUCUUUAUGCGUAUUACGCACAACUGAGCUUGAAUAAAGAAAAAUAUUGAGCUUACUUACGAAAACAUUCAACAAUUGGUCCCUAGUGGGU